CAUUCCAAGCAAGGACAAUACACCAGCCGCUCUGCCUUUGACUUCCUCCUCCUGCCGGCUUGUGAUUGGGUAACAUAAGCCGAGGCUCUUUAGUGAUGUCAACACAAACUUAAGCUGCUGCUGUGCUGUCUAGAGUUAGUAGAUGCGGCAGUGAGCUGCGGUCAGACAUCAGCAUGAGAUCAUCGCCCGUCCUGCUGACUACUGCACUGGCAGCGCUCGUAGCCUACUAUGUGUACACUCCGCUGCCCCACACCCUGGCAGAGCCCUGGAAGCUCAUGCUGAUGGAUGCCACCUUCAGAUGUGCACAGGACCUGAGCAACUUAGCCCAUUAUGUGGGUCUUGGUCACCACUUGCACGUCUUGAAUUUUGUUUCAAGCUACUUUGAUAAGCUGGAUCCCAUAUCAACUACAAAUUUAAAAGUCACAGACACAGUAUUUGAUGGUGUGGAGGUCAGAAUAUUUGAACCCGAAAAGAACUUGGAUGGAACACUAAAACGCAGCAUCAUUUAUGUCCAUGGUGGAGGAUGGGCCCUUGGAAGUGCAAGAACGAGGUCCUAUGACAGCCUGUGCCGGAAAAUUUCAGAAGAUGUAAAUGCGGUUGUUGUUUCCAUUGAGUACAGACUGGUGCCAAAUGUUCAUUUUCCAGAGCAACUAAAUGAUGUCUUUGCUGCCACAAAAUACUUCAUGCAACCAGAGGUCCUUGCCAGGUUUUCUGUGGACCCGCAAAGGAUUGCCAUUUCUGGAGAUAGUGCCGGAGGAAAUCUGGCAGCUGCUUUGUGUCAGCAGAUUACACAAGACAAGAAUAUAACAACCAAAGUGAAAAUACAGUCUUUAAUCUAUCCUGUACUCCAGAUACUAGAUUUUAAUACUCCUUCUUAUCAGCAAAACAUGGACAUGCCCAUAUUGUCUCGGUUUGUCAUGAUAAAGUUCUGGCUGGAUUACUUAAAUGGGAGCCACAAUUUUGCUCAUGCAAUGCUGGUUAAUAAUCACACUUCUCUAGACGUAAGUGAAACCGUUGCACUCCGAGAACGCUUGAAUUGGAAUUCGUUAUUACCGAUGUCCUUCAAAAAGAACUACAAGCCUGUUCUACAGAGUAUUGGUACUCCCAGUAUUAUCCAAGAGGUACCUGCUUUACUUGACAUCCGGGCAUCUCCAUUGGUAGCACACAAGGAGACACUUCAGAAGCUUCCAAAAACCUACAUCUUAACCUGCGAACAUGAUGUCCUAAGAGAUGAUGGAACUAUGUAUGCAAAACGGCUAGAGGAAGCCGGAGUUGAUGUCACUCAUGACCAUUAUGAAGAUGGCUUCCAUGGGUGCAUGCUCUUUGCUUCCUGGCCCACAUACUUUUCAGCUGGUGCCCGUACAAGAGAUGGCUAUAUCAAAUGGCAUAUUGAGAACCUAUGAAGAAAAUAACAACACGAUUUCUUGAGGUUACUAUGAUAAAAUAGUAGAUUGUUUGACUCCCUUUUUGGUCCUGUAGGACUGUCCUUAUUUAGCACUGAAACAGAUUAGUAGCUCUGUAUAUUUAUUUACACUAUAAGUACAAUUGGAUAUACUACAAAAAAACUGGAAAUAUUGGUGUAAUAUGACAUUUUUGCCAGACACAUGGGGGGAAUUCAAAUGUUUGAAAAGUCAGUUGGGUAUCUGUUUUUUCCUGUCUAUUAGAUAGGAAAAAACAGACACCCAACCGACUUUUCAAACAUUUGAAUUCCCCCCCAUGGACUGUGAGAAAUGACAUUGUCAGUAUUACAGGUUUGGCAAACCUGUUAUUACACAGGAUAAUGAGGCCCAGUAACCGGAUGUAGACUCCAGACAUGAAAGUGUAUUGAAAGGCCUACAAAGGAUUCUGGUUAUCUUAUAUCAUACAUGUUUGACAUGAAACCUGGCGUGUACUUCAGCAUAAUGUGUAUGGGAGAUGGAAAGCAUCCAGUUCUCAGCAUUUCUCUACACCAGGACCUGGCAGUAAUGGUAACCUAUGGUUACAGAACAUUAUCGCUCCUGGUCUUGCUCAUUUUGGCAGACUGUCAGUAGAAACAAUUUGCACUGUAAUGUAUUUCGAGUGAUUACUUUGCACUAACCUCCAUUGACCUUCAUUGUUAUGAAAGGAAACUCCUCUGUUCUGGCCAUUGUCCAGGUACCUGUGUACUGUCUCCUUGUCACGCAAUGUAGGUUUUACGUGAGGGUGAUCAAUGUAUUAUAUGCUACAGUAUAAACAAAUGUGUUACUUGCAGCAAAGCAAAAUCAAUGCAAUUCUAUGUGAUUUGUCACCGUGUUGAAAGUAGUAAUAGAAAUGUCUUGUAGUAUUUCAAGGGUUAUGUAUGUGUGUUGUGUAUGGGUUUAUAUAAUCUCAGUUUGUGUUUAUAGUGCAGCAUCUCUUACAGGUCCCAUCCAGAAGGAUCUGCUCAAAUGGUUUUGUUAGUAAUGAGCUGCUCCAUUUGGCACUCUAUCCACGGAAUGCUACCUACAGUAUGUCGCUGUGCUUGCUUCAGUGCAAUGUAAUUAGACCUCAUCACAGAACACAGCAUGAAUAACUUUAGCAUCUUCCUAAUGAGAUUAGCUCUACUCUUCAGGGGCAGGACCAUAACCAUUGCAGGAGAAGGAGGAGGCUUACUUCUACAGUGGUCCUUGCUCUUAUCUUCUGUGCUUGGAUUGAGAUGGGUUUCAGAACGGAGAGCACAGACAUGGUUUCAUUCUGCAUGUGUUAGCCCCUGUAUAUGCUCAGAAGAGUGAAGUACAUGCCUUUCCCUUACCUCUCCAUAUUCUUACUGUGGGUCCUAGCAAUUCUCUUGGAGAUAAAUAGCUUUGUAUUAUAA